AUGCGCUUCGGAGCAGCUAUCUCUUUGCUUUGCGCUGUCGCGUCGAUGACGCCCCUUGCGUUCGCCGCCCCAGUUGCCGCAGACUCGACUGUUGGCUUCGAGGCCCGUGGCUUCGACGCUGAGGCCGCAGACCUCGUCGCUCGUUCCAACUUUGAUGAGGCGACGAGCCUUCUCGCCCGGGCGGUCGCGGACGUGCUCAGUGCUCGAACUGACCGUCCUGGCCACCAAAACCCAGUGAAGCCCAAGAACGACAAGAAGCGCAUGUACGAGGGGAAAAAACCCGUUCCUAUUCCGAAGACUUCUCUCCCGAAGUUCAAGCCGAAGGGCACCCCAGACCAGUCGGCUCAACCCAAGCAGGGCUCGUCGCGUCCUCGCGCUCUCGAGGAGGUAGACGGUCUCUGGCAGCGGGAGUUCGACGACGAGCUCUGGGCCCGCACCGAACCCCCUCCUCACUACCAGAAGCACGACCCAAUCAACGGCAAGAAGCCUAAGUACGUCCCGAAGGUGGCGAAGUACAGGCAGAAUGAUGAAUCACUGCGCACGCCAUCGGACCGUGACCGGCGCGUUGGGGGGGCUCAGCAGAGGCCCGCUGCGCAGAGCCAAGGCCAGUCGCGUCCUCGCGAUCUCGAGGAGGUAGACGGUCUCUGGCAGCGGGAGUUCGACGACGAGCUCUGGGCCCGCACCGAACCCCCUCCUCACUACCAGAAGCACGACCCACUCAACGGCAAGAAGCCUAAGUACAUCCCGAAGGUGGCGAAGUACAGGCAGAAUGAUGCAUCAACGCGCGAGCCAACGGACCGGCGCGCUCGGUGGGCUGAGCAGCGUGUCGCUGCGCAGAGCCAAGGCCAGUCGCGUCCUCGCGAUCUCGAGGAGGUAGACGGUCUCUGGCAGCGGGAGUUCAACGACGAGCUUUGGAGCCGCGAGUUCUACGAUUAGCUUUGGGCGCGGGAGGCAAGCGGAAGGACUUGGAGGAGAUGUGGGCGCGCGAGCUCGACGACGCGGCGAUGUUCGACUUCGCUCGCGGCGACCGGUCAGACUUCCUGGAGUACGGAGAACGGGGCAGCACUUGGGACUGUCGAUCGGCUGCUUUCUGAUUUUGCUCCCAUGGACAUUGUAUGGCAUCCUUUGUAACUUUGACGUGGAUAUCUAGUAAUGGGACUUGAUGAGUUGUGGAACUUC